AUGGCCACGUUUGUCAUGGAGACGCUCGGAUGCGAUGUCGGAGCCAUCAAUACCGUCCAGUUCAGUAAUCACACAGGCUAUCGACAAGUCAAGGGCCGCCGAACGCCCGCGCCCGAGAUCCGCGAGCUCUACGAAGGUCUGAAACAAUCCUACCUGACCGACUUCGACGUCUUGCUGUCCGGAUAUGCACCGAGCGCCGAUGUCGUCGAAGUGGUCGGCCAGAUUGCGCGCGACCUUCGGUACCGCGCAACGGUCAAGCCCGGCCGGUUCUUCUGGGUUUUGGAUCCCGUUAUGGGCGACCAAGGUCGAUUAUAUGUCGCAGAGGAUAUUGUGCCGGCGUACAAACAGCUGAUCCGCGAGGCCGAUCUCGUGGUCCCCAACCAGUUCGAGGCCGAGCUGCUCAGCGGAGUGGGUAUCUCGAGUCUCGCGGGCGUGGCGAACGCCGUCAGGUCGAUCCACAAGACAUAUGGGACUAGUCAUGUUAUUGUGACGAGUGUGAGAGUCCCUGAUGCAGCGGCGACAACCAGCGGCGAUGAAUCUACAACUCCCGAAGCAUUGACGGUCGUGGGCAGCAGCAAGACGAAAGACGGCAGCCCUAGACUAUUCAAGAUCAAGGUCUCUCAACUCGACUGCUUCUUCAGCGGCACGGGCGAUAUGUUCGCGGGACUACUGGUCGCUAGGCUACGCGAGGCCUGUGCGGCCAUGAACCUGCUCGACCGGGCCUCGUGGAUGCCGGACGACGAUGUCCAAGGUGUGGAUCUGCCGCUCGCAAAGGCCGUCGAAAAGGUCCUUAGUAGUAUGCAGAUGGUGCUGGAGAAGACUUUGGUCGCGAGAGACGAGGAGAUGCGCCGCUUUGGCCAGAGCCCUGGCGCUAGUGUCGGUGGUGUCGAGGGUCAGGGCAAUGACGGUAAUGACAGUGAGAGUAAGAGGAGGUAUUUGGCCGAGACCAAGGCCGCAGAGGUCAGGGUCGUCAGGAACGCGAAGGACCUGGUUCAUCCGGAGGAGAGAUACAAGGCUGAGCCACUGGAAGUGUGA